AUGGAGGCCAAUGGCAGCCUGGCCGGCGAGCUGGGCUCGUGCUUCCGCAGCACCAACUUCAGCACCAACCUCAGCGCCAACCUCAGCGAGAAGCUGAUUGUCUCGCGCUGGUUCUCCACCGCCUUCGGCGGCAUUGGCCUUGCCUCCAACCUGUUUGCCCUCUGCGUGCUGGUCAGCUCCUCCCGGAAGAUGCACAGCCGCGCCCGCUCCUCCUUCCUCAUCUUCCUCUGCGGCCUGGUGGUGACGGACUUCCUGGGCCUGCUGGUGACCGGGACCAUCAUCAUCUCCUACCACUUCACCAAGUUCAGCUGGAUGGUGGUCGACCCCGCCUGCUACCUCUGCAACUUCCUGGGCCUCUCCAUGGUCUUCUUCGGCCAGUGCCCGCUGCUGCUGGGCGCCACCAUGGCCGGGGAGCGUUUCUUCGGCAUCAACCGCCCCUUCUCCCGCUCCACCAGCAUGUCCAAGCGCCGAGCCUGGUUCAUGGUAGGCAUGGUCUGGGCCUUCUCCUUCUCCCUGGGACUCCUGCCCAUCCUGGGCCUGGGGGACUACACCCUGCAGUACCCCAACUCCUGGUGCUUCAUCACUCUGCUGCACGACGCCAAGAACGUCACCUUCUGCCUGAUCUUUGCCCUGCUGGGCAUCCUGGCCGUCGGCCUCUCCUUCCUCUUCAACACGGUCAGCGUGGUGACGCUGUGCCGGGUCUACCACGACCGCGAGUCGGUGCAGAGGCGGCGGGACAGCGAGGUGGAGAUGAUGGUGCAGCUGGUGGGCAUUAUGAUCAUUGCCACCGUCUGCUGGUUACCCCUGCUGAUAUUUAUCAUCCAGACGGUCCUGCAGGAGCCCGCCCCCGACUUGCUGCCCCGCCAGAUCCCUCGGAAGACCGAGGAGAUGCUGCUGAUCUACCUGCGCAUGGUCACCUGGAACCAGAUCCUGGACCCCUGGGUCUACAUCCUCUUCCGCAGGGCCGUGCUGAAGCGCAUCUACCCCAGCCUCAAGACACGGCCCUCCAUCGUCUCCCUCUACCCCAUGCUCAACCCCUCGCUGCGCCGCAAGCUCACCCAGGAGUCCGUGCUGCAGUAG